AUGGUUCCCACUGAUCCGGCCGCCCCUAUCUCCGCUGAUGACGCCGCACUCGAUCCUACUACUACUGAUCAUGCCGAGGAGGAGGGCCGAUCGGCUGAUGAAAUCCCUCUGGUGACUCGUAAACGCCGCAGGCUAGAACGAGCCGCUCAACAGCCUCCACCAGGAGAGCAGCUUUCCGAGUGGAGCGAUGAUGCUCAUGUGGUUUUUGAGGCGGUCUCCUCGGAGCACACUCCGACUCAGCUUGAGUUGCCGCCGACCAUAUCUGAGGCGCAACCUUCCCCCUCUAGGACUCUACGUCGUCUUAGACGACUGGGCGACCGUCCGGUCCCGAUCGACGAGUCUUCUGGCCAUGCUGCUACAUCUCAAGAUGACUCGAGCGGCCCGAGGAGUUGGGUAGAGCAGAUUGCAGUCAGCAAUCGGCUGGCUGAGUUGGAGGAUGAAAUGAAAAAACUCAAACUUUCGGAGGCGAACCAAGGGCAAUCCACGGCUGCUCUAGAGAAGAGCAAAAAGCUUUUGGAAGCUGAACGGAAACACGCUUCCGAUCUGGCGAGCGAGAUUUAUGGUAUUUUUAGUAGGGAUUGA